AUGACUAGUGAAGGGUCCAACUUGACGAAUAUGAACGAGGGUAACAACGAUGGUGUCAAUGAAGGGAAGCACCACCGAAAGUGCAAACGUUGUCCUUCUGUGGAUGUCAUAAGCGCUUUUGAUGCAAGGCUGGAGCGUGUGGAAGAUUUCCUCGGUAGGAAUUCUGAAAGGAUCGAUGAGGUCGAUCAACGUCUCGAUGAGGUCGAGAAGGAGAUGCGUGAGGAUUUGACGAAGUCUCUCGCAGAGGGACUGGAACAGUGUCGCGAUGGGACGAAGGAAGUGACGAGGUCACUUGGUGCCGAGAUGGCCAAGCUCAAGGAGGAGGUGGCAGUGUGUCGCCUCGAGUUGGCCCGACGAGAAGAGGCGGCUAUGGUGGAGCCGUCCGUGAUGCAAGAGGAGCUUGCAACACUUAGAGCGGCAAUUGCGGAAUUGCAAGCUCGUGGCAUGACCAGAGGAGUAGCGGCCGCACCUAGAGUGGAGGUGCCACGUCCGGAGUACUACUUAGAAGUUCGGAGAGGCCGGGUAAUUGAUAUGUUUAUUUUCGACAUGGAACGUUACUUUAAUGCGGUAGGGGUCGUGGGAGAUGCGGCCAAGGUGCAUACGGGGUCGUGUUUCUUGAAGGACUCGGCACUAAUUUGGUGGAGACGUAGGAGUGAACUAGCCCAAAAUGGUGAGGCGAUCACGAUGUGGGCAAUGUUUAAGUCCGAACUCAAGGCGGAAUUCGAACUAAUGAGGGCCGAGACUGAGGCGAGGGCCAAGAUCCGUUGGUUGACACAUCGGGAAGGAAAUUUGAGAGAGUACAUUGAUGAAUAUGCCAACUUACUACUCGAAAUCCCAUCGAUGACGCUAGAAGAAGCAUUAUUCAGGUUUACCGAAGGAUUGAGGCCGUGGGCCAAGGAGCGGGUUGUGGAUAAGUGCCCGGAAACUGUGAAUGAAGCAAUGAAAUAUGCUUCACGAUUGAUUGAAUUUCAACGGAGGGAACCAUACAGGAGAGACGAUGGGUGGAGAAUGACAUCGGACAAAAGUGGGGGAGAUACGUCGAGAUCCGCCCCACGGCCGGACAAAAGUGGGGGAGAUGCCCUAAGAUUCGCCCCACAACUCGAAAGAGAACGUCAAGCACCUAGGGCUGCAAUGAGAGAUUUCUUCAAACCGGGAUCGAGGUAUGAGGGUUGUUUUGUUUGUCAAUCAAAAGAACAUUUUGCAAGGGAUUGUCCGAACCGAUCAAAUAUUGCCGCGGUGACCGAGGACACUAACCCGAUAGAAGAACGAGUGGCGUGCAUGAAAGCAGAGGGUGAUGGCGUAAAACAUCAAGGACGGAUGUACAUGAAUGUCGACAUCAAUGGGCGCUCGUACUUGUGUUUACUCGACCCGGGGGCAAAUGCGAAUUACAUGAGCAAAGAAAUAGCUCACGAGUUGGGGUUGCAAUGGGUGUCAACGGAGGGUCGAUUCAAGGGAGUAAAUAGUGCAUGGACACGUUUGACGGGAGUGGCAAAGGACGUACCAAUUCAAGUCGGAGAUUGGAAAGGUAUGGUUAAUUUCAAUGUUGCCCCUAUUGACGAUUAUUUGGUGUUCUUUGGCAUGAGAUUUGUCGAGCAAACCAAGUUAGCAAUGAUACCGCACAAGGACAAAUACACUAUUAUGGAUGGAAGCAUGCCAUGCGAUAUCACUGUUUACCGGGAGAAGGAGUUGACACCAAAGCAACUCGAAAGAGGAUUGAGGAAAGAAGACCCAACGUUUGCGGCUAUUUUUAGCAACGAGAACCUCCUUGGUUACGAGGUCGAGGAGGCCAUUACACUACUGAAGGAAUUCAAGGAUGUGAUGCCAAAGGUGUUACCGAAGGGGUUACCACCUCGACAAGCGGUUGACCCCGCCAUCGACUUGGUGGAAAGUGCAAAACGAGUAUCUCGACUACCACAGCGGGCGUUGCUCGACGAAACAAUCGAGUUGGAGAAACAAAUUGGGAAACCUUUGGAAGCAAAGUUCAUUGUCCCGUCAAAGAGCUCUUUAGGUACACCAGUGUUCUUUCAACUGGAGAAGGAUAAGAGUCUCCUCAAGUGUAAUAACCACGGGAUGCAGAACAAGGUGACAAUUCAAGAAGGCGAUGAAUUAAAGACGGAAAUCACUACGAGAUGGAGUGUAGUAGACCAUGUUGGACACUUGCGGAAUGUGUUGCGAGUUAUACAAGAAAAUCAACUCUAUGUCCGGAGAGGGUUUGAGAUAGACGAGGUCGGAAUCUCAGGAUACAUCGUGGCCGAUGGAAGAAUUCAAGUGGAGUCUGGGAAGGUCAAGACGGUCAUAGAAUGGGAGGUGCCCAAGUCAACUAUGGAGAAAGACGAGAGUACCGAGAAGAACCCAUUCGAGAUCAUGCCCGGUUUCCAACCAAUGACUUCGAGAGACUUGGUGAGUACGUACAAAGGACCGAGUCCAUGGGUGUUCCACUUUGCCAAGGGUUGGCCGAGUCGGGCAAAGGUGAUGCGGCUAUAUUCAGAGAGAUCCCAAAGAUGCAAGAAGGGGGACCGAAAGCGUGGGUUUCAAAUAUCCAAAGAGAGACUUACCGUUGGUACGAUUCUAUCAACAUGGGCGUAUACGAGAAGUGCACAAAGGGUCAACGAGACGAUAUGA